AUGUCCUGCCCCCGCACAGCAGAAUUCGACUCUGAUUCUGAAAACGACGGAGAUUAUGUGCCACCGGUAGAAAAGGACUCAAGUUCUUCAGACGAAGACGGGGGACACGAAGACAAAAGCAUACCGCACCCGAUACCUACUACAGCAGAGGACGAGGAAGCAAAGAAAGCCGCCAAGGAUGCAUUAUGGGCUAGCUUUCAAGCUUCCGUUGCAUCUGUACCCCCCUCUCAAGCCCAUACCGCGACAACCAAGGUGAAGGUGAAGAUAGAGAAGAGAUACAGAUUUGCUGGUGAAGAUGUGAUAGAUGUUCUUGAGGUGGACGAAGACUCUGAGGACGCGAAGAGAUGGCCCCGUGCUGGCGAAACGUCGUCGACAUCUGCAUCCGCGUCAACGAGCUCGACCCCGAAGCCCCCGGCCAAACGUCCAGGCGCCCGUAAAUCGAAAGUGACAUUGGCACCUCUACCAUCGGGGAAAGCCAAAAAGCUGUCCACGCUUGAGAAAUCAGCCAUGGACUGGCGUGCGCAUGUCGCUGCCGAAGCAAGUUCGGGUUUGCAGGAAGAACUGGACGCGAAUCGCAAAGGCGGAGGCUAUCUGGAAAAAGUGGACUUUUUGAAACGUGUCGAUGAGAGAAAGGAUGAUAUCCUCGAAGCUAGUCGAAGUAGUAAACGGCGGAGGACUUGA